CCAUUUUUGACCUCAUCCAAGCCCCACCCAUUCACUCGGCAGCCUUUAUAAACUAGCUGUCAUCAAUUCUUGUCCUUACUGAUUGUUUCCCUGCCUUGAACGGUUGUCUCCUGGGUCUUCUGUCAGUCUCUUCAUCUCAACUUUAAAGCACCAUGGCAAACACCGAACGUACCUUCAUUGCCAUCAAGCCCGAUGGUGUCCAGAGGGGGCUUGUGGGGGAGAUCAUUAAGCGCUUUGAGCAGAGGGGCUUCAGGCUUGUGGCCAUGAAGAUGCUCCAGGCAUCUGAGGACCAUGUCAAGCAGCACUACAUUGACCUGAAGGACAUGCCCUUCUAUGGUGGCCUUUGCGCCUUCAUGCACUCUGGUCCCGUUGUUGCCAUGAUCUGGGAAGGCCUGAAUGUUGUGAAGAACGGUAGACUGAUGCUGGGAGAGACCAACCCUGCAGACUCCAAGCCCGGCAGCAUCCGCGGUGACCUCUGUAUCACGCUUGGCAGGAACAUCAUCCACGGCAGUGACUCCCUUGAUAGUGCCAAAAAGGAGAUCGGCCUGUGGUUCAAGCCAGAGGAGGUGGUUGAGUACAAGAGCUGCCAACAUGGAUUCCUGUAUGAGUAAAUAAAAUGGAAUUGCAACUGGAACUGACUUAUCGCAAACCAUUCUGAAUGCUGUUGAUCUGGAGUUGUUCAUGUACCUUGUGACUUGAAGGCACUUACAAAUGUCAAUAAAAAAAACAAUCAUGAAGUGGAAUAUGCAAGGCUCGCCUAGUUUACUUGAUUAAAGCGUUGAUUUCUUGAA